AUGUGUCAGACUGCCGCUUGGAGAGAGGUGGAGGAGGCGUUUGAGUCUUCUCUUGGAGCUGACUUCAUCCUGGAGCGGGAGAGUUGUGUGGAGAUCCUUCGAUGGAUCGGAGGCACACUGCAGGAGGCCAACCUUUUGCUGAAGGAGCACGACCAGCAAGGACAGCAACACCUCCGCGUGCGUGACUUCUUGAAUUUGCUCACAGGGCGGAAGCCCGCCCCUGUGCAGAGCGAGGAUAUCACUUCCCGUUCCAACUCUGAGCCCCACGAUGGUACAAUCCAAUACAACUCAAUACAUUGCCAGCAAAUAUACAAUCAAUACUCACUGGGUCCCGGGUUUCACGACACUUAA